AUGCCCCGCGGGAGGAAGCGGCACAGUCGCCGCUGUCCUGAGCGCAGCCGGGCUCCACUCCCUCCCCGUGCCAGCGACAUCGCCCACUGCGGCUGCGGGCACCGGGUACCGUGCUCCAGGCUGGCCGGGGAUGCGAGCUGCUCCCGCGACGCCAUGGCAGCCUCAGGGUGGGGCCGAGGAUGCGACAUUUUCAUCUUCUACAGCCCAGAUGCGGAGGAAUGGUGCCAGUACUUACAGGACCUUUUCAUAUCCUGCCACCAGGUCCGCAGCCAGAAAAUGCGGACAUACCGGCUGGGCCCGGAUACCUCCUUCUCUGCCCAGGACCUGUGGGUGUUCCGGGAUGCACGGUGCAUACUGGUGCUACUCUCUGCAGGGUUGGUGGAAUGUUUCUGCCAGCCAGGACUGCUGCCGGUGCUGCAGCGCGCCUUCCACCCUCCGCAGCGUGUAGUGCGGCUGCUGUGCGGAGUGCAGUCCGGGGAUGAGGACUUUGAGACCUUCUUUCCGGAAUGGGCGCACUGGCAGGAGCUCACCUGUGAUGAUGAGCCGGAGAUCUACCUGGCGGCUGUGAGAAAAGUCAUUUCUGAAGAUUCUGGCUGUGACUCAGUAACUGACACGGAGCCCGAGGACGAGAGAGCUCUUCCUCUCUCAAAGCAGACAAGCCUGCCUCUGGAGACGUCGCCUGGGAACCUGAUGGUGGUGCAGCCGGACCGCAUUCGCUGUGGGGCAGAGACCACUGUAUACGUCAUUGUGAGAUGCAAGCUGGAUGAGAGGGUGUCGACAGAGGCAGAGUUUUCCCCUGAGGACUCGCCCUCCAUCCGGGUGGAGGGCACGCUGGAGAAUGAGUACACGGUUUCGGUGAAGGCUCCAGACCUCUCCUCUGGCAAUGUUUGUCUGAAGGUCUAUUCUGGGGACUUGGUGGUAUGUGAAACCACCAUCAGCUAUUAUACUGACAUGGAAGAAAUUGGGAACUUACUGUCCAGUGCUGCAAACCCUGUGGAGUUCAUGUGUCAGGCCUUUAAAAUUGUGCCCUACAACACAGAGACUCUUGAUAAACUGCUCACGGAGUCCCUGAAGAACAACAUCCCUGCAAGUGGACUGCACCUCUUUGGGAUCAACCAACUGGAAGAAGAAGAUAUGAUGACAAAUCAGAGGGAUGAAGAGCUGCCCACCCUGUUGCAUUUUGCUGCAAAGUACGGAUUGAAGAACCUCACCGCCCUGUUGCUCACCUGUCCAGGGGCUCUCCAGGCAUAUAGUGUGGCCAACAGGCAUGGCCACUAUCCCAACACCAUUGCCGAGAAACACGGCUUCAGGGACCUGCGCCAGUUCAUCGACGAGUAUGUGGAGACAGUGGACAUGCUGAAGAGUCACAUUAAAGAGGAGCUGAUGCACGGCGAGGAGGCUGACGACGUGUACGAGUCCAUGGCCCACCUGUCCACAGACCUGCUCAUGAAAUGUUCCCUCAACCCUGGCUGCGACGAGGAGCUGUAUGAGUCCAUGGCUGCCUUUGCCCCAGCAGCCACAGAAGACCUCUAUGUUGAAAUGCUUCAGGCCAGUGCAGGUAACCCAGGCUCUAGAGAAAGCUUCUCUCGGCCCACCAAGGACUCAAUGAUCCGCAAGUUCCUAGAAGGUAACAGCGUGAAACCAGCCAGUUUGGUGAGAGAGCAGUACCAUUCCCACCGGGAAGAUAUUUAUCACACUGUGGAUGAAGAUGAGACCUUUUCUGUGGACCUGGCCAACAGGCCUCCUGUCCCUGUGCCCAGGCCAGAGGCCAGUGCUCCUGGCCCUCACCCGCUGCCCGACAACAAGCCAUACAUUUCUAAAGUGUUUGCAGAAAAAAGUCAGGAGCGACUUGGGAAUUUCUAUGUUUCUUCGGAGAACAUCAGAGAAGAGCCACCCGUGAGGCCAUGGAGGGACAGGCCCCCGUCGAGCAUCUACGACCCAUUUGCUGGGAUGAAAACACCAGGCCAGCGGCAGCUCAUUACCCUGCAGGAGCAGGUGAAGCUAGGCAUCGUCAAUGUGGAUGAGGCUGUACUGCACUUUAAAGAGUGGCAACUCAACCAGAAGAAACGAUCCGAGUCCUUUCGCUUCCAGCAGGAAAAUCUUAAAAGACUAAGAGACAGCAUCACCCGAAGACAGAGAGAGAAGCAAAAAUUGGGAAAGCAUUCAGAUCUGGAGAUCACAGUCCCAAUCCGGCAUUCACAGCACCUGCCCGGAAAAGUGGAGUUCGGAGUGUAUGAGAGCGGCCCCAGGAAGAGUGUGUUUCCCCCCAGGACGGAGCUGAGACGUGGAGACUGGAAAACCGACAGCACGUCGAGCACAGCGAGCAGCGCGAGUAACCGAUCGAGUACGCGGAGUCUCCUCAGCGUGAGCAGUGGCAUGGAGGGUGACAACGAGGAUAAUGAAGUCCCUGAAAUUACUCGAAGUCGCAGCCCAGGUCCUACCCAAGUGGACGGAGCACCAGUUGUGACUGGAACACCAGUUGUGUCCCUUGAGAGGCCCCCCAGGGUGCCUCCUCGAGCCGCAUCACAGAGGCCUCUAACCCGGGAGCCUUUCCAUCCUCCUCCACCAGUUCCUCCCAGAGGUCGCUGAUUUCCACUCCUAAAUCAAGCCUACUACAGACUUUUAAGACUUGCGGUUUGCAGCCUGUUGCCGAAGUCUUCACAUUGACCAUUCAUUCUGCAUGACUGCAGACCUUGAGAUUCACCAUCACUGCUGAUGUUGCAGCCCCGCUGCUUUGGGUGUCCCUCAAAGACAUUAAGGCAUGGUGGAACUGAGACUAAGGACCUUGUUCAACGUCGCUGAGUGUAUUGGGUCACAUUCUUGGUUGCCAAAAGGAUGAAGACUCUAUCAAAAUACUUACCUCUCGUAUCCUAUAGCAGGAGCCAAACAGGGUUGACGGAAAUGUACUUAACAAACGAGUGUCCUGUAGUAAACAUGGAUUUGUCCAUACAUACCUGCUAGUCCAGCCUAGUUUCUAGAAGUGGCUGUAGCGUUUCCAGCAGAAGAAAUGGCCUAUCUUUGAAGCAGUUCUACAUUUCUAUGUGUGUGCUGGGGCUGGUCACAUACAAAAAGCUGCCAAUGAUUUCAGGAAGGGGUUAAACCAGAUUCCUUUUCCACCGGAGGCAGCUGGGGUCCCACAGAAGCAUGGAACUAAGAGAACUCAGGUGGUUCUAUGUCAUCACACUCCCCCACCCCCUUACAUGUGUAUGUGUGCGGUGUGCAUGUGUAUGUGUGUAUGUCUGUGGAGACUAGGGGCAAUGUCGGAAGGCUUCAGCAAUCACUCUCCAUCUCUUUACAGAGGCAGAGUCUCUCAACUGAGCCUAGAGAUUACUGAUAUAGUUAGUCCAACUUGCUCCAGGAAUCCUCUGUCUCUUUUCUCCUGGUGCUGAAAUUACAGGCAGGUUGCUGUGCCCCCUUGACAUCUGUGUGGAUGUUGGGGUUCUGAACUCAGGUCCUCAUGCUUGAACACCAAGCACUUUAUCUACUGACCCAUCUCCCUAGUCCCCAUCACUGCAUUUUCUGUCUCUAAGGAGCCAAUCCUCUUUUCUUUUACCCCCACCCCCAAUAUAAAAAUAUAACCAUACCUGACCAUUGGCCUUCCAGAAGUUUACCUCUUACAUAUCACCCAGGCAGGGGACUACCAGCUACUGCUUUCAGUUUGGCCAUUUAUACCUCAGUAUGUUGUCAAACUAGUCAUUUUGCCAGGAAACCACUGAAAACAGCCAGAACCAGAAGCCUGAGGUACGAGGUAGCCCAUUUAUAUAAUCUGUGGCCUUUAUAGUUCUGGCCAUAAAGAAAUAGAAGGACUUGAUUUUUUCCUUUCUUGAGGAGCCUGAAGUGGUGGGAGAAAGAAGCUAAAAUAUUUUCUACCAGACUUACUACUGUUACUAUAUACAGUUAUCAUCAGGCCUUGUAAAUCUGUAUAGAGAACUGUAACUGUACUAUGAAUUUUGAGAUCCUGUUAUAUAAAUUUACCUUCAAAUCACAGAUCCUUAAUCUCACCUAUACAUACAGACAAAUUAUGAGAAGUAUCUCUUUUAAAGUACAGACAAUAUGGUUGUUUCUCAUGAAAUCAUUGUCCAAUCCCACAUAGAUAUUAUUAUGAUUAUUAUUAUUUAUCUGUUCCAAUGUAUACUUAUUGGGUCAAUUUCUCAUAAUUAAAGGUUCUCCUUCAACCUCA